GAUCAUCGCCUGAAGGCCAUCUUCGAUGCUGUCGGCAGGUACUGGCCGGCCAAGGUUCGCAGCCGCAGAUCCUUGGCUGUUGUAGAGCAGGAAGAGGAGGAGCAGGAAGAGGAGGAGGGAGAAGACGAGGAGGAAGAAACUAUGACAGAGCCAGAGGAUGAGAAUGGACAGGUUUGCGAGGUUGAUGCAUACCUUGCUGAAAGCAUGGGGCUGGUUUCUGGAUCCCCGCAGCCACCUUCGGCAUAUGUCGGGACGGUGGCCUAUGAGCUAGAUGCCGAGACCGAACAGGUUGUGCCUUACGAGGCACCAGUGCCUGCUGAAGGCAUCGAUCUGGUGAGAGAGCUGGCCGAACUGGAGCAUCUCGUCUUAAAAGCUUGCAGCGAAUUGCUCAUCGACGAGCUGCUCUGUUUGGGCAGCGAACGUGUGAAGCACAUGGACACCCAGCAGACCAUCGCUGCAGACGGAGAUUUCCUGAAUGACGAGCUGUUUCAGGAGCUUGAGGCAUUCGAAGCGGGUGAAGCUUAUUUCGUUCGAAGGGGUGCUUGCAGUAACCUGGACAUAGCUCUUCUGGAACAGGAAGGCUCUUGCUCGAAAGAGGGGGCCUCACGCCCAGUUCCGGUGGCCACGCCGGCAAGGUCAGCAGCUGCUCUUCCAGUUCCAGCAGUUGCCCCGACAGACGAAGUUUCCGAGGAACCAGUGCAGGUCCCAGCAGUUGCCCCGACAGACGACAAAGUUUCCGAGGAACCACUCGAGGUCCCAGCAGUUGCCCCGACAGAGAAAGCUUCCAAGGAACCACGCGAGGUCCCAGCAGUUGCCCCGACAGAGAAAGUUUCCCAGGAACCACUCGAGGUCCCACCAGCAGUUGCCCCUAGAGACAAAGUUUCCGAGGAACCAGGCGAGGUCCCACCAGCAGUUGAACCAGUCGAGGUCCCACUUGUUGCCCCGACAGACAAAGUUUCCGGCGAAGCUGAUUCUUGCCCAGAGUCGGUCUCCUUGGAAGUCGCCAGUGUGAGCGAUGCAGCAUCUCCUGAUGUUGAUCUCUUGGCUUGCAAGGUGCAGACGAGACGGGAGUUUCAGAUGCGAGACAGGGGCAACAACCAGACGACGACCCCCGAUGAGGAUGACGACGCUCUCCCAGUGAUGAAGAAGCCAGCAGCCAAGGUGGAUGGUGGGAGAAAAAAAGGUUGGCCGAAGGGAAAGGCGAAGGCCAAAGCCAAAGUGAAGGCUGGGGCUAAGGCAUCGGAUGUGCCGGGCAAGAGCGAUCCUGUGCCGAAGGCCAAAGCGAAAGCUAGGGCUAAGUCUUCGGAUGUGCCGGGCCAAACCGAUCCCUUGGCGAAGGCCAAAGCGAAAGCUGUGGCUAAGCCGUCUAAGGAUGAGCCGGGCAAGACCGAUCCUGUGCCGAAGGCCAAAGCCAAAGCCAAAGCUGGGGCUAAGUCUGUGGAUGUGCCGGGCAAGUGUGGGGAUGAGAAUCCGAAGAAGAAGGGCAAGACAGCCUCAGAGGAACCCAAGCCUGGAGGUCGCAAGCGAAAAUCGGAGGGGGACCAGCCGACUUCCAGAACUUUCGCACGGCGGAAUCCGCCACAGGGCGACUCCUUGAUCCUGUGGACAGCCAUCCGCGAUUCCUUUUAUGAGGUUGUGCGGCCUUUCGUGAAAGCUCCGACUAAGUACGAGGAUCUCUUUUGGAAGCAUUGCAAGCCCAAGCUGCUCGAGCUCGACAACACCGAUGAUUACAUGCCGGUUGCCAAGGAUGAGGCGGCCAUCUUCUUGAAGCCAGUUUUGAGGCUAAUCCGAGCCAUGGAGAAUGAUGCCCAAAUGCGAGCCCUCCUGGCCCAAAAGGAAGCCCUCUUGGUGCUCCGGAUUGCUCGUAUGAAGGCCCACGGCCUGGACCCGAAAGCCGCCCAGGAGCCUUUGUCUCGUGGGGCCUCCUGGCAUUCCUCGCAAACGGGGUCGCAAACAUCGACCCCCAGCAAGUUCCCCACGCCGGAAAAGACUAGUGGCUACGACGACAUCCCCGAGACCAUGCUGGUGGAGAGCUCGCCCACGCCGGACGAGCCCCUCCCCGCCCAGAGCACCCAAGCCGCCUCCCCGAAGCAAGCCCCCCAGCCAAGCCAGGCCGAAGAAAGUGAUGGGAAGCCGAAACCCGAGGUCCAGGCCGAACCGAGUGAUGCAAAGCAAGCAGCCCAAACCAAGCCGCCGAAACCCGAGAUCCACGCCGAAGCGAGUGAUGCAAACCAAGCAGCCCAAACCAAGCCGCCGAAACCCGAGAUCCGCGCCGAAGCGAGUGUUGCAAAGCAAGCAGCCCGAACCAAUCCGCCGAAACCCGAGAUCCAGGCCGAAGCAAGUGAUGCAAAGCAAGCAGCCCGAACCAAUCCGCCGAAACCCGAGAUCCAGGCCGAAGCAAGUGAUGCAAAGCAAGCAGCCCCAAGCAAUCCGCAGAAACCCAGGAUCCAGCCCGCAGCAGCCCUAGCCAAUCCCGAGGGAGCCCCGGACCAGAUCGCCGCUGCCCCUAGCAAACCGCAGCCCAAACGGCUCCUUCCCACCAGCAAGGCCAAGGCCAAGGAACAGGAUGAGGAGUACGACCCCGGAGAUCAGCCCGUUGAUCCCCCAGAACAGGUGAGCAAAGCGACCCUGAUGAAAAGGCUGGCACGCCUCUGUGCACCUCGGGAGGAUGGGACAUACAAAAUCCCUCUAGAUGUUAUCGAGACCUACAAGAAUCUCAGCAGUCGCGACGAAGUCUACCGGAGCUUCGAGAAGUGCGGCUGCGACCCCGUCCUCUUCGCGAAGCGAAUCAACCGCAAGUAUGAGGAGAUCAAUGAGAAGACUGUGGAGACAGAGUAUGAGUUCCUAACAGAACAGGAGAUGGAGGAAAAGGGAUGGAGCGAGAAGUCCGAGUAUUGCGAUGAGUGGAUGUACUGGGUGGCUGUGAGAGUCAAAGGAUCCAACAAGAAGACGAAACGCCACACGGUCGCCGAGAUCUUGGAAGGCGGCGACGACGAGCCGAUGGAAGAUCCUGAGCUUGCCAUGGAGGAUUACCCGUUUGCUCUCGAGGGUGAUGGGAGCAAGGGAG